AUGUCUGCUGCGGCGGAUAAGGCUCGCUUCUUCUUGGAGAAGUCGGUGCCGGAACUGAAGGAAUUUGAGAGGAAGAAAAUCUUCAGCAAGGAAGAGAUCACGUCUAUCGUCAAGAGGAGGUCGGAUUUCGAACACAAGCUCAAUGCGCGAGGCGCCAAACCGGCCGACUUUGUGCGGUACGCAGAAUAUGAAAUGAACCUGGAUACCCUCCGGCGCAAAAGAGUAAAGCGGCUCGGUAUUAGAUCGGCAGGAUACUCGGGACAGCGACGGAUUUUCUUCAUCCUGGACCGCGCCACACGCAAAUUUCAUGGUGAUAUUGGUCUCUGGGUCCAAUAUAUCGAGUAUGCCAGAGAACAGAAAGCGUUCAAGAAGCUCUCCACCAUAUUCACGGACGCUUUACGACUACACCCGACGAAUGCAGAACUCUGGGCUUAUGCGGCGCAAUACUCUAUGGAGGAUCAUGCGGAUAUGACGCAGUCAAGGAGCUACAUGCAACGCGGACUGAGGUUUUGCAAGAACUCCCGGAAGUUGUGGAUUCAGUAUGCGAGGCUAGAGCUGAUCUAUAUCACCAAGCUCGUCGCUCGACGACGCAUCCUGGGUUUGGACGAAGCUGAAGCUCCCCGAAAGGCGGUUGAGGAUAGCAUGGAUGCUGACGCGGAUAUGAUCUCUCUCCCCAAACUCACUGGAGAAGAUAUCAAUCCAAGCGCCGGGGGAGAGGGAGGAGACGCGGGUGGAAACGACCAAGUGGCACUGCAGAACCUCAAUGCCACGCCUGCCCUCAGCGGAGCCAUCCCUAUGGCGAUUUUUGACACUGCGAUGAAGAAUUUCAACAACGAUGAUCGGUUCGGGCACGAGUUUUACGACAUGGUGUUCGAGUUCGGAGAUAUCCCGUGCCUGAAAAAGAUUCUGGGUCAUGUGCUCGAGGCGAUGCAGGCUUCGAAACCCACCAGCCCUCAUACCCUCAUUUGCUAUAUCAAGUUUCCCACCGCCGGCGUCUCGGUUACAUCUGCAGACUUCCCAGGGGCUCUGAGUGCAUCGUUGAUGCGGAUGAGGGACCACCGAGAAGACCCGAAUGUCGCGAAAGAAAUCAUUGGCUGGCUGCAGCCGCUGGAGAACACGGAGAACCUGGAUCCGGCCUUGCAGAAGGCCAUUGGUGCUACUGUACGGAACGCAGAGCGGGUUGUGCAACAGUAA